AUGCUAGCGAGAUUCCGUAACAGUUUCCGUUGCGGCAUGCCGAAAUGCCCGAGUAUUCGUAUUCCAGGGAUGGAGAAGCCGGAGUCAUCCGCGGCGGGCGAGAGCGCCGGAGACUCCGGGGAGCUCGAGGACCGGGACCCCAACAGCUUGAAUCAGCAUCUUCAGGUGAUGUGGGAUGACGUGAUUGGCGAGCCGGAAGGGAUCCGGAGUCCCGAAUGCGCUUGGCGGCUCAGCGGCCACUGUUUUCGGCUCUCCAGAGGAUGCUGUUACGUGCUCCUCUCCGUUCUCAUAGCACCUCUGCUCGCCCUGCUGUUGGGCUUCACGUUCGCCUGCCUCGCGUUUCAGCAUAUAUGGUGUCUCGCACCGUGUCUGCGCGUGUGGAAGAUCACAUGCGCGGCGAUGCGAAAUUUCUUAGCGGCGGUGACGCAGGCGAUCGUACGGCCGAUUAUGGAAGGGUUGGGUUACCUCUGCUACAAUAUCCGCGUAUUUAAUCAGAGAUUACCGGAUGGCCCUCUCCAGAAGGAUGAUCUGUUGAUCGUGUAA